AUGACGACCAUGAGAGAAUCCUUAUUACCGACUGCACCCAAUGAUGAGUACAAACUUGGCCACAUGAAAGGCGACGGAGAACAGCGGAGUUCAACUUGUCAGAUUCCUCGGCGGUACCUACAGAGUAAUAUUGGUCUCCUCCGACUCCGACUCACCUUCUCAUUCGCCUUCGACUUUGGUGUGUUUCUCCAGACUAGAAAUCGAAGAUUCAAAUCCAAGGUCGCCACCACUAUACCCGCGAGGGUCACAAUAAUCACAACUACCGGUAGUGAUAACUUGCUACGGCUACGGCCUCUGCGGCUGCUUUGCCAUGAAGAAGCAGUCCAGGUCCUGAAAGUCGCAGGUCUGGAGGAGGGCAGUGACGGAAGAGCGGAUGAUGCCGGAGCCCCCAACGUAAAAAUCAUUCAAAGCCAGGUUACAACGCAAUCUAUGACAAGUGUGCAAAGAAUGCUACCACCCCCUCCGAGACCCCACUGCGCCUUUGGGAGUUCCUGUACUUCUUGCUUAGAAGGUCAACAGAAAGGACCAGACCUGUGUUCAUGGUGUAAAAACAUGAGCUUUGACGCUUUGUACCGUCUGGCUGAAACUCAGCCGGAUACUCGCCAACUCAAACGUGUCAUCGACGCAUACAUGCACCAGCUCGAGAGAGACAACUACGAGCGCAUGGCCAGAGGAUGGACGUAUUUGUGCGCCUGUAAAGACCCCCUAUAUCGCUUCCAACCUUGGCGCCGGGAGUUCAAUCCCAUGGAUAAUCGACUGUGCGGGACUGUACGGCACCGCGGUCAGCUUUGUGCACGGUGCUAUGAGAAGGCUCAAGAACAAGGCUGCGCAUGGCUCGCAGACUUUGAAGGCGACCGACUUGGAUUUCCGUGCGUCUUUGAGGACCCGCGCUUACGGCGACCAACCGAUGUCAACUGGCGAGUGGGUCCACUGGACGCAGGAGGCAAUCCGGAUCCAUGCUGGGAGAAAGACGCAAGAAGACACGGGCGUUGCGAGAGAGCGACUCGCCGACACCAAUUGUGUCAAAAGUGCUAUGACCGUAUAUGCGAGAUUAGGGGGUUUGGCAGGUAUUUCGACACCGAAUGGGGAGUACUCCGAGAAGGGUACAGACGAUGA